AUGGAGGAACCAGUUGAGCGGCAGAAUCCGGCAGCGCAGGAGAAUGCCCCUAUUUGGAAUAUUCUUCAACCGAAAUUCUUCCUUCGCGCUUUUAUGCUCUAUUCGAUUAUUGUAUCGGCAACGAAUUUCUUGAAAGGAGGAAAAUCGAAAUACGACAAAGAUGCGAUUAUAGUUAGGAAUCUGCUCAAACCAUUGGAAUCAUUUGAUCUUUAUGUUUAUCUUGAUCAAUCGAGCUCGCCCAUUACAAAUUUCGAUGACAAAAUUCCUGUCUGGAUUGAGCGUUCCAUCAAAUUUUCCGAUUGGAAUGGUGGACAGAAAGGGGAUGGUGUUUACAAUCAUCAAAUCACUCUCAAAACCCCUGAAUACCUUCAAAAGAAUCAAUCAAUCUUCCUGCAUUCAAUAAUCGUCAAAUCGGGACAAACCAUUGACCCAAAAAGCACAAAUUAUUACAGGAAUAAAGUCACUUAUAAGAUCAAGCAACUAAAUAAGUACAUGAAAAAGUAUUAUAAAAGAACGGCGAACCUAUUGACUGGAAAAAGCGAGAAAAGCGAUGAAUAUUUGAAGAAAGCAGACGUAAUAAAGUAUGAAGUGUUGAAUUAUUGGCAUCCGAAUGUUAGCAUCAAUGUGGUUGAUCAUCAAGUGGAAUAUGCUAAAGAGAAGAUUCCGAUGCCGUUUGAUGAAGUGAUCGAAUUCGAUCCACUAUUCACAUUUUAUCGUCCGAUUGUGUACAUCAACACAUUUUGGAAUCUUCGAGAUGAAUAUCAACCGAUUAACGAAACUGUUAAAAGUAUUAAUCUCUCGCUCAGCUAUUAUCCGUUGUCUUCGCUAAUGUUCCAGCUAUACAUGAGCCAAGACAUGAAACCUUCAUAUGCUGUUGCGUUGAGUGACGAAAUGGAAGAAGAUGAUAAUGAUUAUCUGAAGAGGGCAUUUUUGGAGACAAAUCCGAUUUUACUGGCCGUUACUGCGAUUGUUUCGGUUCUCCAUUUAAUCUUCGAAUUUUUGGCGUUCAAAAAUGAUAUUCAAUUUUGGAAUAAUAAAAAGGACUUGGUUGGAAUGUCAGUCAGAACAGUGCUCUUCAAUAUUUUCCAGUCGUUGAUCGUUUUUCUUUACAUUACUGAUAAUGACACGAAUUUUGUCGUGAUGUUCUCCGUAUUCUUCGGAUUUCUGUUGGAAUGUUGGAAAAUCCCAAAGGUUUUGGACAUUGAGGUAGAAAAAAUGCAGAAAUGGUUUUUCGUUAUCCCAAAAGUGCGGUUUAGCGAUAAAGGGUCUUACGUGGAAAGCGAGACAAAGACAUAUGAUGAUAUGGCUUUCCGCUAUUUGGGAUGGAUUUUGUUUCCACUUCUCGUUGGAUAUGCGAUCUAUUCGGUUAUCUAUGUUGAACAGAAGGGAUGGUAUUCGUGGGUUCUCGGAGUUCUUUAUGGAUACUUGCUCACCUUUGGGUUCAUUAUGAUGACACCUCAGCUUUUUAUCAACUAUAAACUUAAAUCGGUCGCACAUUUGCCAUGGAGAAUGCUGACUUAUAAGUUUAUCAAUACAUUUAUCGACGAUUUGUUCGCUUUUGUAAUCAAAAUGCCAAUGAUGUACCGUCUUGGCUGCUUCAGAGAUGAUAUUAUUUUCCUUAUCUAUCUUUACCAAAGAUGGGCUUACCGCGUUGAUAAGAGUCGAGUCAACGAGUUCGGAGUUAUUGGCGAACCCGAAUUAAGAGAGAAUGAAGGAGAAGAAGUAUCGGAGAGCAAAAAGGAGAAAUAA